GUUUCCGGCCCGCACAUCACUGACGUAGUUUCAAUUAACAACGUAAAUAAAUACACCUCCAACGUCGCCAAGCCUCAAAUAAUCUGUACCACCUUAUACAUCUCUAAAUAAUUUCCACAGAAUAUUCCCCCAAGAUGUCAACCCUAGCACCCGAAGCCCUAAACGGCUUCUCCGACGCCUCAAGCUACGAUAAACAUCGUCCGAGUUACCCACUCGAAGCACUCUCGAAACUUCUACAUAAUCUAGGAGUGGAAAAUGUAGAAGGAGCGAGAAUUAUUGAUGUAGGUGCUGGGACGGGUAAAUUUACUAGUUUGCUUGCGCAGAGGGGGGAGGCGUUUGAGAUUUUGUGUGUGGAGCCUCAUGAGGAGAUGAAGGAGGUUUUGAGGGGGAAGUUUGGGGAGGGGGAGGGGAAGGCGAAGGUUAAGAUUUUGGGGGGUCAUGCAGGCGGGAUGGAGGUCGAGGAGGGUUGGGCUGAUGCGGUUAUUGCUUCGCAGGUGAGUGGUUGUGGUUUGUGAUGGAUGUGAGGAGAUGGGGAAUUUCGGCUGACUUGGUGUUGUGGUUAGUCUUGGCAUUGGUGAGUGAUAGGUGAUGAUGUAUUUGUGGUAUGGGGGACUUUUGACUAAUUAUCGGAAAGGUUUGCUACUAAGGAGUCUUUGAAGGAGAUUCAUAGAGUGUUAAGACCUGGAGGAGCGCUUGGAUUGAUUGUAAGGGUUCUUGAAAUAUUGAUGGCGGACGGAAGUCGCUAACAUGUGAAUGUGAAUGUUUAUUAGUGGAACAUUGAAGAUUGUAUGUUACACAAAUCUAUCUGUUCAUCUACUACUAAUCACAAAAUAUAGAUAAUACACCACGAGAUGGUCGAGCAACAACAACGAAAUGGGAACAAGUCCUGAAGGAUAUUGUUGAAAGUACCGAAGAUGGUCUUCCUCGGUUUCGUAAUGGGAAAUGGAAACAAGUGUUUGAGGAUCAAUUGGAUUCUACUCCAUUGCAAACCUUGAAGGAUACAUUCAUGCAAGAUUUCCCGCAGUUUUCAUUGCCGUUGGGGGAAGAUCAUGUUGAGUGGACGGUAUGGUUGAGUGAUGAGGCUAUUUGGAAUAGAUUUGGGACUUUGAGCGCGAUUACGGUAUUAGAGCCGGAGAAGAAAGAACAGAUAAAGCAGAAGGUUCUUAACUCGUUGAAGGAAUUGGAUGCAGAGCGUAAUGAGAAAGGCGAGGUUGCGUUGCAUGGAAAAACUUAUUUCUUCUGGACCUCGAGGGUUUGAGUAAAUAGAUGGCAUAGAUGGCAUAGAUAGCUUCAGAAGGGUUUGAGUAGAUAAAUGGCAUAGAUAGC